CACACUUCCGGUAAUACUGUGAGAGGGACAUGGCAACUUUGCUUACGUGUAAUUUUCAGCUGAGAGAGAAACACAGAUAGCUUUACAAGCUCCAUUGCAUUUUGGAAGGUCCUAGUGAAGGAGCAGGUCUGUCUCUGUCUGCUGAGUCACUGCAAGCUGGAAGGAGCACUAGGCUAGCGGAGCAGACGACAGCAGAGCACCAUGACCCACCGGCUGUUUGAGGAGAAACACCAUGCCUCUAUCUACCAGAGGUACCGCUUUGUACCCCCAGAGGAGAUCAGAGACCUCAUCCUGCAUUACCUGGAAAGGAAGAAAGUCCAGCCUCAUGCCCUAGCUGUGGACCUGGGCUGUGGGACGGGGCAGAACUCACGCCUGCUGGCCCCACACUUCCAGAAAGUGGUGGGCAUCGACAUCAGCGAGUGCCAACUGGAGGAGGCCAGGGCAGUAGCAGGGUUCAACAACAUCACCUACAGGAAAGGGACAGCAGAGGAGCUGCCGUUUCCGGAUGGUUCUGUGGACCUACUGACUGCAGCCUCAGCGGCCCAUUGGUUUGACCAGGAGCGGUUCCUCUUGGAGGCAGGCCGGGUCCUGAAGCCUUGCGGCUGCAUGGCUCUGCUUGGCUUUACUGAUAACUUCAGACUCCAUUACGGCUCAUGUGGGAACAGACUCACUGACAUCUAUGAGGAGUUCAAGAAGGUGCUGUUACCAUACACCAGCACACAGGUAGCAGUGUCCAACACCAAACUAAGGGAGCUUUACGCUGCUAUCCCCUUCCCUGACAAAGAGAGGAUUGAGUGUAUCCCACUGAAGCAGCAGAUCUCAGUGAGGAACAUAGUGGGCUUCAUGGAGUCCUUCUCCAUGUACCAGGCCUUCCAGAGGGCCGAGCCUGAUGCUGCCACCACACUGCUGCAGAGAACACUCGACAGGUUUCUGAAGGAGAUGGGAGUCACAUCACCAGACACACUCAUGGAGGUGACGCUGGAGUAUUUCUGUGUCCUGGCGUCUAAACCGGAGUGAACACUCUUUACAGUGUGAAUAUGUUAGUGUGGAGACAGAUGUUUCUUAAGCUUGUGUCAAUCAUGUUUAAGCUGUUGUUAAUAGAAGUAGUAUUCUGUUCACACAAGAUGUCAUUGAAGUCCCUUUGGUUUUGUCUCUUUUCUUUUAUACAUUGUAAUGUAGAGCAAACUAUUAGCCUUAGUCACAUCAUUAUCAAAAUGGUUGCCACAUUUAGUAUCUUCCUUGCCUGAGAUUUACAAUAAAAUGUCUGUAGACACAA